AUGGCACAGAUUGUGGAGGCGGACAUCUUCUGCUGGACGUUGCUUGGAUUGACUCUGGCGGUGGCGCUUGCUUUGGAUGUAAGUUUCUCCCCUCCCAGGGUUGGAGCUCUGUCAGUUCAGACGGCGGGGAAGCUGACAGCCUUCUGGUUCUGCGUGGGCUUGCUGUUCGAUGUAUUCCUGCUUGGCCACUCCGGCUGGGAAGCAAGCUCAGGCUUCAUGCAAGGCUUCCUCCUUGAGUACAUGCUGAGCUUUGACAACCUUUUCGUGUUCCACUUGGUCUUUUCGUACUAUUGCACUCCGGAGGAUUUGAUGUACCGAGCUCUGUACUUUGGCAUCGCCGGUGCCAUCGUCCUUCGCGUGGUGUUUCUCUCGGUCGGCUACACCGUGCUGAACAGAUUGGUCCUGGUGAAGCUCAUCUUCGGUGUGGUCCUUGUCUACAGCGGCUUGAAGACGGCAGCAGACGUGGAGGAGGAAACAGAUCCCAGCAAAAAUCAGUUGGUCGCACUGGCAGCAAAGGUUCUGCCAAUCAGCGACCACUACGAGCCGCACGGACACUUCUUCUUCGUUGAUGAGGAGACCGUGCGUGACGACAUGUCGGAUCGUGGGCGAAGUCCAUCCCUUGAGGGUCUAUUGGCCACAGACGCAGAUGCAGCUUUCAACUCUCUCCCCCGCUUGGAAUCAUUUGAGGGAAGCAGCCUUCUUCGAGCUCCAGAGGACAGAAACCGGCCGAGCAACCCACGUGAAGGCUCAGAACUUUUUCGGGCCCCACGUGCUCGUCAGAAGGCAUCGUUAUUGUUACUGGUGGUGAUUGCACUCCUGGCUGUCGACCUGAUCUUCGCCCUCGACUCCGUCGCCUCCAAGCUUGCGGCAGUCAAUGACGUGUUCCUGAAUUGCGCCUCCUCCGCCUUUGCAAUGAUGGGGCUCAGGUCACUGUACUUUAUCAUGGAAUCCCUGGUGCAGACGUUCUACAUGUUGAAGUAUGGAAUUGCCGCCGUCCUGGUGCUGAUCGGGCUCAAGCUGCUCUUCUCGCAGUGGCUGGACAUCUCCAACUCCGCAAUGUUUGUGAUGAUCAUCUUGAUCUGUGCAGCCAGUGCUGCAUCUUCGUACUGGGUGGAGCAAGUUCCAGACGCUUGCAAAGGCGCAAAUGGCUUGGAAUCUGAAGAGGACAUGGAGCGCACAGACCGGCACUUCGAUCGAGAGGCCAUCGACUCCCCUGCUGGCCAGACAAUGCUGGAAGAGCGGGCGGCACUAGAGCCUGUCACGCCGUCCAGGCCAGUUCCGCUCCGAGUCCAGGCAGAGGAGUGUGAGCCGCUGCAGUUCGAGCCCGAGCGCUACGAGCUCCAACCGGUCAUAAGCAGCCCAGAGCAAGGAAGGUCCGGUAGGUGGGCCGAGCAGGAGGAAGUCGGCGAAACUCCACGCAGAAGGGACGAGAUGAGAAGCUUAGCAGCCUCAACCUCCAGUGACGGAGGCGAGAAAGAGGAGGAUCUCGAUGAAGAGCACCAACAGACGGACGAAGGGCAGGCGGUAGGAACACAAAGGCUGGGCCACUGCGGUCCCGAAGGACUUCACAUUGAAAAUGGUGAUGCAGGAGCGACGGGAGCAGCAAGCGCUGAAGAAGAAGAACGCCUCCACCUGACGGCAUUGACUUCAUGCCUUGUCCGGCCCGUAUGGCUCAAGUCUCAGCCUUCCGCUGACCAUGCUAGACUGAAGCGGCUGCACCUCAGCCGGCCCACCAGGUUGCCUGGUGCUGCGAACUGUGCCGAGCAGGAAUGGUCUGCGGAAGACACAUGUGAGGUCGGAUCCAGCAUGCAGGCUGCAUGGGAUCAAAGAGAACAUGACGGCCUUGCCCACAUGGUGCGCUUCGACACGAGGGGCGACCUUGGACUACUGUUUCACCCAGGUCCGCUGGACAAAUGGAUCGACCAGAAAAUCCAGUGGAACACUGCCACCGAACUCGAACGAUGGCAGCGAGAAGAGGGGGGAAGCCUCAACCAAGAAGAGGCAGACUCCUUCGAAGCCUACCGGGGGAGGCUUCGCACCAGACAUGAACUGGGGAAGGCAGCAGACAAACUUGUCCGCAUCACGGACAAAUACCUCCCAAAGGUGACUAACGAGACGAGGGGCUUCAUCACGAAGUACCCGCACAAGAUCCACAUGUUUUGCCCAGUUGUAGAUGAACGCUGGUCUCGCCCUGCCGAACUGCAGAAGACCGCGCACACCAAGCAGGAGCCCGAGCAGGCAGGCACCCGCUAG